AGCUUGACAGAGAAAGUGAAACUAUUACAGCAGGAUCUGUUUUGUCAGACGAGGAAAUAAACUACAUGAAGAGAGAAAAACACGGUCAUUACUGAGGACUGACUGUUGAGACAGAGCUGGAUUUGAGAAAAUUAUUGCUGAGAUGAUUCAUAACUCACACUGAGGAUCAACAUCUGUAUCUGCUUUUAGAUGAAACCAUGGCCUCCAGAAUGAAUCUCUCUGAAGAACAUCACACACAGAUAAAGACAGUCAAGAGUCAGAUUCAGGGGGGUGAAUCAGAUUUAGCUGAACACAUCGAUGUGUCUGUGAGGAAACAUCCUUCAGAUCUCUGCAGAGAGGAAGACUCUUCUGUUGAGUCCAGUCUGUGUGAGAAUGAAUCUCCUGAACCCAGCUGUGUGUCCAUGAAGAGUGACCGAUCAAUGACUCAAUUCAGCUCGGGAGACUCAUCUGCUGAUCUGAGUCAAAAACAUGAAGGACCAGAAUCACAUUCAGCAAAGAAGAAAUUAGACUCCAUUUUCAAGGAGCUUGAGCACAAAAUCAUUUCUGAGUUGAAAGGUUUUAAGCGACUACUGAGUCCAGAUUACCCAGAAUGCUCUGAAAGAGACCGUUAUGAUGACGAGGGUCAUAACAGAGUCAGAGAGGGGCUUCUGAAGAUCACACUGUUGAUCCUGAGGAAGAUGAACCAGACAGACCUCGCUAACACACUACAGACCAAACUGAUGCCUGUGUAUCAACAAAAACUCAAAUCCAGACUACAGGAUAAACAUCAGAGAAUCAAUGAAGGAAUGUCCAAUCAUGGAGACUCAACACGUCUGAAUGAGAUCUACACAGAGCUCUACAUUACAGAGGGAGGCAGUGGAGAGGUCAAUAAUGAACAUAAGGUGAGACAGAUUGAGACAGUGUCCAGGAGACCAGAGACACAGGAGACACCAAUCAACUGCAACAACAUAUUUAAACCCUCACCUGGACAAGACAAACCCAUCAGAACUGUGCUGACUAAAGGAGUCGCUGGAAUUGGAAAAACAGUCUCUGUGCAGAAGUUCAUUCUGGACUGGGCUGAAGGAAAAGCCAAUCAGGACGUUCAUUUCAUAUUUCCACUUCCUUUCAAGGAGCUGAACCUGAUACAGAAAAAUCUCAGUUUUGUGGAUCUUCUAAACCACCUUCACACAGAAACCAAAGAAUUUAAUUUAACAUAUUAUAAUGACUACAAAGUCAUGUUAAUAUUUGAUGGUCUGGAUGAGUGUCGACUACGUCUAGAUUUCCAAAACAAUCGUAGCUUGUCUGAUGUAACAGAAUCAGCCUCAGUGGAUGUGCUGCUGACCAACCUCAUCAAGGGGAACCUACUUCCUUCUGCUCUCCUCUGGAUCACCUCUCGACCAGCAGCAGCCAAUCAGAUCCCUCCUGAGUGUGUCCACCAGGUCACAGAGGUACGAGGAUUCAACGACCCUCAGAAGGAGGAAUAUUUCAGGAAGAGAAUAAAUGAUCCGAGUCUGGCUGAUAGGAUCGUCACACACAUCCGAUCAUCAAAAAGUCUGUUCAUCAUGUGUCACAUCCCAGUCUUCUGCUGGAUUUCAGCUGCUGUUCUGGAGAGGAUGAUGGGUAAAGCAGAGUGUGCAGAGAUUCCUAAGACUCUCACACAGAUGUUCACACACUUCCUGAUCUUUCAGACCAAACUGAAGACACAGAAGUAUGAUGGGAAAUAUGACAUCGACUCUGAUCAGGCUAGAAAGACUAUUCUGUCUCUAGGAAAACUGGCUUUUGAACAGCUGGAAAAAGGGAACCUGAUCUUCUAUGAGGAGGACCUGAAAGACAGCGGCAUUGAUGUCAGAGAAGUGUCCGUGUACUCAGGAGUUUGUACCCAGAUCUUCAGACAAGAGUCUGGACUGCAGCUGGGGAAGGUGUACAGCUUUGUUCAUCUGAGUAUUCAGGAGUUUCUUGCUGCUUUAUUCAAGCUGCUGUCCUUUUCUGAACAAAACACAGGACUGUGGAAUAUAUUCAGAUCACCAAUGACCAGUUUACUGAAGAGAGAAGUGGACAAGGCCUUACAGAGUGAGAACGGACACUGGGACCUUUUCCUCCGGUUCCUUCUAGGUCUCUCACUAGAGUCUAAUCAGACUCUCUUACAAGGCCUCCUGAGAAAGACAGUAAGCAGCUCUCGGAUCAAUCAGGACACAGCUGAAUACAUCAAACAGAAGAUCAGAGAGAAUCGCUCUCCAGAGAAAUCCAUCAAUCUGUUCCACUGUCUGAAUGAACUGAAUGAUCGUUCACUGGAGCAGCAGGUACAAACAUACCUGUGCAGAACAGAUGACAGUCGUCUCUCUGGAGUCAAACUGUCUGCUGCUCAGUGGUCGGCUCUGGUGUUUGUGCUGCUGAACUCAGAAGAAGAGCUGGAUGAGUUUAAACUGUGGAAAUAUUAUCCAUCAGAAGAAUGUCUCUUGAGGCUGCUGCCAGUGAUCAAAGCAUCUAGAAAGAUUGAUCUUUCCGGCUGUGGUAUUACACAGAAAGGCUUUGCUGCACUGAGUUCAGCUCUGAGAUCAAACCCCUCACUCCUGACAGAACUGGAUCUGAGCUGUAAUACACCAGGAGACUCAGGAGUGAAGCUGCUCUCUGCUCUACUGGAGGAUCCACACUGUAAACUGGAGAAACUACAUCUUUCCAGAUGUGGUAUUACACAGAAAGGCUGUGCUGCUCUGAGUUCAGCUCUGAGAUCAAACCCCUCACACCUGACAGAACUGAAUCUGAACAAUAAUAAACCAGGAGACUCAGGAGUGAAGCUGCUCUCUGCUCUACUGGAGGAUCCACACUGUAAACUGAAGAAACUACAGCUGAGGAACUGCAGUAUUGGAGAGGAAGGCUGUGCUGCUCUGAUUUCAGCUCUGAGAUCAAACUCCUCACACCUGACAGAACUGGAUCUGAGAUAUAAUGAACCAGGAGACUCAGGAGAGAAGCUGCUCUCUGCUCUACUGGAGGAUCCACACUGUAAACUGAAGAAACUAUAUAUUUGACAGUGGAAACUCCACAAGCUCCAAACAAGUGAAUCAAAACAACACGUCCUGAACAAGACUGUCUCCUGGACAUUAAUGCUGAUACUGAUCCAGCAGUUUCAUAUGUGAAGGGAUUUGUUAUUAAUUUCCAUUCAUCCUAGAAUUUUUUUCCAGUCCCAUGGGAACAUUUUUUUAAAUAAGUAGAUUGGACAUACUAACUGCACUGUAAAUGUUUAGUGUGAAAUUACAGUAUAUUCCAGGUUAAUAAUUGCAUGACUUUCACAGUAAUUUCAGAGUGGGACUUCUCUUGUAUCUAACUGCACUCUCAGAAAUUUAUUGUAAACAAACAGCAUCAUACUGUGUUUCUACAGUUCAUAUGUACAGUAAAGGCUCCCAGCAUGCAAUGCAGCACAAAUAGAUCAUGCUGUAGAGUUUAGUUUUUUUUUUAUUCUUGUUGGUUUUAUUUGUGCUGUUGAACUUGUUUUUUGGUUCACUUUUAGCAGUUUGUGUUGUUGGUUUAUAUUGUAAUGUUGUGUUUAUUUGAGUGUUACCAUUGCUGUGUUUUGUAUGUUGAGUAUUGCUGUCACAUUUCUGAAUACAGUAAUAUAUUGUAAAAUAAUACUGUUUAAUUCUGUAAAUUCCUGGCAAUUAUUUUUACAGUAUAGAUAGAUAGAUAGACUUCCUAUAUUUUAGGAUUUUGUAUAUUGUGAUUAUGUAGUUGUAAUGAAAUUCAUGACCAUAUUGACGUCCCCCACAUUAUUUUUUGUAUCUUCAUGAAAGUUUUGUAUAUUGUUAAUAUGUAAUAGACAUGGAAAUCAUGACAUAUCUUAGACUUUUUUACUUAUGUGGGUUUAACGUAUUUUUCUAAAUACAGUACAUUAUAAUAUAAGCCUGAAGAUGACAAGAAAAUUCAUUAAAUUUAAUUCUAAAUAUAGUAUAUGACAGUGUCAUGGUAUAGUUUCAGUCCUAAUGCAGCCUCAAGAGGGAGUCAUGAGAUAAGAUCACAGUUUACCAGCAGAGUCUCAAGGAGAGUUUGACAUAAAACAUACUGUAAUAAAUAAACUAAAUUAAAUAUGUAAGAUAUGAAUACUUUUAAAAUAGAUCUCUAUUUUAAAACAGAUCUAACUGUGACCCCUCUGGGAUUUCACAAAUCUUGGUAAAUCUUUGCUUUUAAUAUUUAUUGCCAAGCUUUCUUACAAUGCAUAUCAACAUAAUCUCACAGAAUUCCGUGUAAUGU